AUGGCAAGCUCUGGAGUAGUUAAGGUGGUUUGCGUAGUGGUGUUGUUCAUGGCGGCUCUGUUUUUGGGUGGCGCAAAAGCAUUCUUACAAUGCCCUAAAUUAGUCGAUGAUCUGAAGCCAUGCAUUCCCUACCUCGAGGAAGGUGGGACUCCCAUGGCGGUAUGCUGCAACGGGAUUAAGACCAUCUACGACAAAGAUCUGGCCACUCUCCAGGACAUUGCUAAGUGUUUGGAGAAAUUGAUAACUGACGCAUUCACCGGUACUUUUUCCAGACGUGCAUCAGGGCUUCCCCGCAUUUGCGGGAUUCUAGGCUAA